GGGAGGGGGCGUGGGCAAGCUCCUGCACAUGCGCGGGGAGGCCCGUCUGACCGACCUUCACCAGGGCCAGUACCACCAUGUUUUCUCGGGCGGGCGUCGUGGGGGUCUCGGCCUGGGCCGUGCAGCCGCAAUGGUAUGGCAGCUUGCGGAUCCAAGUUCGAAAUAUGGCAACUUUGAAAGACAUUACCAGGCGACUGAAGUCAAUCAAAAACAUCCAGAAAAUUACCAAGUCUAUGAAAAUGGUAGCAGCAGCAAAAUACGCCCGAGCUGAGAGGGAGCUGAAACCAGCUCGAGUGUAUGGAACAGGAUCUUUGGCUCUGUAUGAAAAGGCUGAUAUUAAGGUGCCUGAAGACAAGAAGAAACACCUCCUUAUUGGUGUGUCCUCAGAUAGAGGGCUUUGUGGUGCUAUCCAUUCCUCGGUUGCUAAACAGAUGAAAAAUGAGGUGGCUACGCUCACAGCAGCCGGGAAAGAAGUUAAGAUUGUUGGAGUUGGUGAUAAACUUAGGGGUAUACUUCAUAGGACUCAUUCUGACCAGUUUCUGGUGACAUUCAAAGAAGUGGGAAGAAAACCCCCUACUUUUGGAGAUGCAUCAGUCAUUGCCCUGGAACUACUAAAUUCUGGAUAUGAUUUUGAUGAAGGAUCUAUCAUCUUUAAUCGAUUCAGGUCUGUCAUCUCGUACAAGACAGAAGAAAAACCCAUCUUCUCUCUUAAUACCAUUGCAACUGCUGAGAGCAUGAGUAUCUAUGAUGACAUUGAUGCUGACGUGCUGCAGAAUUAUCAGGAAUACACUCUGGCCAACAUCAUCUACUAUUCUCUGAAGGAGUCCACCACGAGUGAGCAAAGUGCCAGGAUGACAGCCAUGGACAAUGCAAGCAAGAAUGCUUCUGAAAUGAUUGACAAAUUGACUUUGACCUUCAACCGCACCCGCCAAGCUGUCAUCACAAAGGAGUUGAUUGAAAUCAUCUCUGGUGCUGCAGCUCUGGAUUAAUGAAAAUCAAGUUUCGUCCUCAGACAAGAGGUAAAGAAGGAAAAUUCGGCCACCUGAUUUUGUUUUUAGCUUACUGCUGUCCUGGUCAGAAGAAAUUAUUGGUCUAUUGUUUAAAUUACUAAAGACAGCAAGAUAUUUGUAAAUUAUCUUACAAUAAACAACUUACAAUAAA